AUGCUUGUUUCACCUAAGGGUGAGAAAUAUUAUGCAGCUUUCAAGUUGGGUUUUGCCUGUACCAAUAAUACAACAGAGUAUGAGGGGCUGAUUCAAGGUUUAGAGUGGGCGAGAAAGCGUGGAAUAAAAAACCUGAAGGUGCAUGGUGAUAGUGAGCUAAUUGUUAAUCAAGUUAGAGGUUUGAAUGCAGUAAAAAAUGAUAAUUUAAAAGCAUACAAGCUCAGGGUUUGGGAUUCCAUUGAAGAUUUUGAUGCAUUUAACAUUGUAGCUGUUCCAAGAAGUAGAAAUCAGCAUGCUGAUUGGUUAGCUGCAGUUGGAGCCCAAUAUGAUAUACCAAAUAGUAUAAAAAGGGUCUGUGAUCAGCAGCAUAUCAAGAUUAUUAUCCGGCCCUCAAUUCCAGAUAAUAAUGUUAAUUGGCAAGUGUUUGAAUCAGAUGAACAAAUUUUACAAUUCCUAUUGGAGGAAGAUGUGUUCGCUGCCUCAAAUUAG